CACCCCCCACCUCCAUUGUUGUGUAUAUAUAUAUAUUUGAAAACUUUCUCCUCAGUGGGUUCUGAAGCUGUGCAUUUCUUCGCUGUGUACGGCCAUGGAUGGCGGAGGACCGUACAAUCCUCGAACCGUAGAAGAGGUUUUCCGAGAUUUCAAGGGCCGUCGCGCCGGCAUGAUCAAAGCCCUCACCACCGAUGUCGAAGAGUUUUACCAGCAGUGCGAUCCUGAGAAAGAAAACCUUUGCUUGUAUGGAUUUCCUGGUGAGCACUGGGAAGUUAAUUUGCCCGCAGAAGAGGUGCCUCCAGAGCUCCCAGAGCCUGCAUUAGGCAUUAACUUUGCCAGGGAUGGGAUGCAAGAGAAGGAUUGGUUGGCCUUAGUUGCUGUUCACAGCGAUGCUUGGUUACUUGCUGUGGCCUUCUACUUCGGUGCUAGAUUUGGUUUUGAUAAGGCUGAUAGGAAACGACUUUUCAAUAUGAUAAAUGAUCUGCCAACAAUAUUUGAGGUUGUGACAGGGAGUGCCAAGAAACAAGCAAAAGACAAAUCGUCCAUCUCAAAUCAUAGCAGCAACAAAUCCAAGUCAAACUCAAAAGGGCGAGGUUCUGAAUCCCAAGGAAAAUAUACGAAGGCAAAGGAUGAGGAAGAGGGGGGUUUGGAGGACGAAGACGAAGAGGAGCACGGGGAUACCUUGUGUGGGGCUUGUGGUCAGAACUAUGCGUCGGAUGAGUUCUGGAUCUGCUGUGACAUAUGCGAGCGGUGGUUCCACGGCAAAUGCGUGAAGAUCACUCCGGCCAGAGCCGAGCACAUCAAGCAGUACAAGUGCCCGUCAUGCAGCAACAAGAGAGCGCGGCCUUGAAACCCGAUUCAGGUUUUAGAACCUGUGUAUGUCUCAUCGUGGUCCUGGAUUCAUGUAACUGUUUAUUUGAUCAGCUUUUGGUUCAUUUGUGUGUGUGCGUCUCUCUCUCUCUCUCUCUCUCUCUGUAUUCACACGGUGGUGGUCUUUUGCUAAUCUUCAUCUUGUUAGAUACACUGCUACUGUAUCAUUGGAGCAUUUCUUUAACUUUAGCAUUGCUCUACUUAUUUGGGAGCUUACUGUAC